CUGUCUGUAAUCAAGUAAGCUCCUGCGUGUUGGUACGAGAUACCGUAGCUCUGUUGGAGCAAUUGCUCCUGGAUUGAUGCCAUAAACGCUUUCUGUUCUUCUUGGCCACCCCUAAAACUCUUCUUUCCAUCCAUAAUAACAAACCCUGACACGUAAUUCACGAGACAACCGCGUGCGACAUGUCAAACAAAGAAGCCAAUGCCGAGGCGGCGGCAGCGCACCUGGCCCUCAUAGAACAGCUCGACAAUCACUCAGUCCACAAGUCCUUCCGCAACCCGUCUUGGAAGCCUAACCAGCGGCGAAACAAGAACAUCAAGACGAUUCUCGGCGAUGCCUCUCGCAAGGAGGCAUCCCUCAACGCCACCCCACACGAUCAUAGCGGCGCAGCCACACCAGGCGCCGACGACGGCCUUUCCACCAGUGGCCAGUCGACACCAGCCGCAAACGGUGGUAGCCUACAGCCGAACCUCGCUCAGGCGUCGAGGAGUCUGAGCAAGCUGGUGCUCGAGAAGAAUCUCAGAUCAGCCGCUUCUGGACAGCCGGGGCCCUCCGCGCCGAGUGCUACGUACACCAACAUCGAGAGCGCCCCGAGCAUGGCUCCUAUGAAGCGCUACUGUGAUAUCACCGGGCUACCGGCGCCAUACAACGACCCUAAGACGAGGUUGAGGUACCACAAUAAGGAAGUUUUUGGCAUCAUCCGCGGCCUCCCAUCGGGAGUUGCCGAGCAGUUCUUGGAGGCGAGGGGAGCUCACACGGUGCUCAAGUAAAGAGGAAGGAAUAUGUACUUUUCUGGGGCUUGGCGUUUAGGAGUAAGGCGCAUUACAUGGCCGAUAACACAUGGGGUGCCUCAUUCAACUGUGUAUUUCUUGUCUUCUCUUAAUCUAUCUACCAAAUGAGUUCAGGGGAGCAUUGUCCGACCAACAAAGUCAAGCCUCAGCUAUACACCUGUCACCUUUCGAUGACAGGAUGAAAAUUGACGCUCCGGCUUAAUCGUGGUCAAGUUCUGUUCUAUGCCUGUAUCAGACAGACCACCGAGGCGUUGCAAGAAACGACCCUCAGUUACCAUAGCUAAAAAAGCUAGGCCGCCGCGGCAAAAUGGUGUAUAUAGCCAUCAACUUGAUGGGUUGCAAAAGGUUCAUUGCCUGGGAGCCUGUAUGUGUACUUCGUAUGUACACCUUUACUAGGACCCCGAAUCAAAUCCGGAUCGCCACGCAUUUCCCCC